UACCUCAACUUCUUGAAACUUGUAACCUACAUCUCUUGCACAUUCAAGUCGCAAAAGACUUUGGGCUCAUCAGUGAUUCUCCCUAGGGUCUUUUCUUAUAUCCGCAGCUCCCGAAGCUUACUACAUGCUGGCAUAGCCGAUAGACCCUACCCUCACCCUGUCCUUCCCCCCAGUCGUCAAAUCUUUGUCCAGCAGCCAUCUCGAGCAAUAUGCAGUCUCAACUUACCAGGAGGGUCUUUCGGGCUAUUUUGAACAAUGAACCGCUCUCGUCAUCUCAAUGCCGCAACCGAUUUCUCCAUACCCUUCGACCCUAUAGGUCCCGAAAGCUACGACCUUCCCCUUCGUACGUUCAACAACGCGGGCUAUUUGCCUUCAACAUCACCCCACCCACAGCUCCCCCGGGCUCAUUAUUGCCUUCAGAAGCCGGGCUUAAACCAAUGCGUGAUCUGAUGAGAGCGUUGAAGGAUAAAAGUAGAGGGCCCUCCAAUGAAGUUCUAGCAAAGGCUUUCCGGGAUUUCUUUCUGGCGCGAACGGAUGACCCCGGCGUCAUCACGCUCUUUCAGGCGCAAUUGCUCUGCAUGACAUGGGAGCAUUUGCGAUCUCAAGAGGGGCUGGAGCCGGAGGAGUGGCAGAUGGUAUUUGCCGUCGAGAAUCUGGAACAAGUGCUCUACGUUCUGUCAGAAGCAAAAUGUCUGCCAGAAGCGUGUGAGGUUGUACGGAAAUUGGCAAAGUUUGCGUUUGUAGAGCUUUGCGGUGAAAAUGAGACCGAGCGCGAUCAAGUCAAUCGACUUGCGAUUCUUGCUUAUAUCAAUAUUCAAGCACUCAAUGGCAACCCUCAUGAGGCGAGACAGGUCGUCGAAAAGUUUUGGCCCAGGUUGCGAAAAACCAGCCCGUCUCCCUGGCUUACGGUAAUGAGAGGAUUUGCGAUGAUCGACGAUAGCCGUCAAAUCGUGCGAACCGCCGAGAAAUUCGUCGAAUAUGACACUACAUUCGAUCCGGAUUCCCAAGAAGGAUUGAUCCAGCAUCUGAUUACCCAGGAUCUUCCGGUGGCAGUCAAGAGGAUCUACGAAUGCCCACUUUCUGGAGGCGAGGAGCCCAAUCUGUCUACCAAAUUGGCUGUAAUCAAAUAUGCCGUCCUUAAAUCCGAUGCAUCUUGGGCGCAGCCUAUUUUCGAAUCCAUUCUUAAUGUCCCGGUCUCGGAGACGAUAGGGGUCAGGUUGCUCUGGGAUGCCGCAGGUGGAAAAGACGCGUCCGCUAUCGCAGAAAGAUACAAGCUCUUUGUGGCCAAGGACCCUCAUGUAGCGACAUCCCUCACCAGUUCCUGCCUUGAUACCCUAAUGGAGUAUGCGAAUUCAAUCAACAAUCCUGCUAUGGCCCUUGAACUUGCAACAUUGGCUCCUGAGUGGGGAAUUCGUCCAGACCCGCAAACUCGCCUGCUACACCUCGAAGCCCAGAUCCAGGCUGGUGAUGUUGCGGAAGCGUUAAAAUCCCUGGGAGAGCUGGAGGACUUGGAUCUAACAGCACCCGAGAAUCUCCCUCUCAUGAACAAGCUUAUCACACUGCUUUGCUUGUCAGGCCAAGACGAUGCCAUUUUUAAUCAAGUCUCGUCUUUCCUCGAUCCGUUAUUUGAGAAUAACGUACGGCUUGAGGCAGAGACUCUAGCAGCACUAACACAUAUGCUUCUCUACCGCCACGACUGGGAGGGUGUUUCGGAGCUGCUUCGUCCCCGAUUAGGGUCAUAUGAUGCAGCCGAAAGGACCAAGAUCCGCCAUUCUCUCACCAAAUUCAUUCUUGAUCCCAACCAGGAGAGUGAAAAUGUUUGGGAGGCCUACGGACUACUACAACUUGCCUUCCCUGAGACCGGAGUCAAAGCACGGACAGAUAUCAUGACCUCUUUCUUCAAGCGGGAUCGAAGUGACCAAGCAUUCUUAGUCUUCGGCCAUAUGCGCCAGGCUGAGAACUUUGCCCAACGGCCAAAACCCGACACCUAUGCGCGAUGUUUCCAAGGACUCGUGCGUACGCAAGAUCUGAAGCACCUUGAACUCGUUCACAACAUGCUCAAGCUCGACACCGAAGUGGACCUCAGCGUCCGGCUACUGAACUGGCUAAUGCUCGCAUACUCCACCUGCGGCAAGCCGGAGAAGAGCAUGGAGGUCUUCAAGGACAUUCUCAAAUCCGAGGAGGGGCCGUCACACCGCACGAUCUCAUUCUUCUUCAAAGUGUGCGAGAAUCACCCCAAUGGUACACACGAGGCCCUGAAGAUGAUGGAGAAGUUGAAGGACAUUAAGAUCGUGGUUGACCGCCGCCUCUACGUCGCGUAUGUGGAGGCCCUAGGCGCACAGUGCGAAUUCGAGCUUGCCACGGAGGCCUUGGAGGAAAUGGAAAGUGUGACUGGGUACCGACCAGCUCCUAGCUCACUCGGCUUGUUCUAUAAUGCGAUUCCCCAUCAGUACUGGAAAGACGAAGUCGAGAAAUGGGCCCAGGAGAGAUUCCCAGAGCUCUGGGAACGAUUGGCGGGUAUUGAACGUACAGAGUACGAAGAAGGGUUGAAGUUCAACCUUUCCGGAAAUGAGUCAACUCUUUGAUUGUUCCAUCAAUAUAUAUAUACACGUAUGUAUGUAUAUGUAUGUUAAAAAUACUGUAGCUCUAACUCUAACAACUAUAUUGUAAUACACGUCAUCAAAAGCAUAUAUAUAUAUAUAUAUAUAUAU